AUGAACAACUACAGACCCCACGUUUCUUAUAAUAAUCCAACAAUACUUAUCCCCUUACGAUUGGAUGAAUUAUUGCGAUCAGACAAUCUGAAGAAGAGCCAUUUCAUUAGUUUGGGCGAGGACUUUGUCCGAUUAUCGCUGUACCAGCGAUUCCGGGAGUUACUCAGUUUUGGCGGGGGAACCUUGAUAAAGACAGUUGUUUUUGACUUGUCCACGUUUUUAAAGCGGGAACAGAAUAACACUGAUUCACACACGUAUGCCGAGUUUGCCGAUUUCUUGACGUCAAAUGAUAAGAUGUUUGAGCGGGAAGGGGGAAUGACCCCUUCCAGGAGACUGAUUGGGUUGAAGAACUGGGUGUUUAUGAUAAUUGGAUACUUGCUACAUUCAUAUUCCGAGAAGGAGGCUGAGAAGUGCUUGGAUCAGCUUAUUAAGAUCUAUCUUAAUUCGAGAAAUGACAACUUGUUUACUGCUAGCAACCACACCACCAAGGACCUCACUGAUGCUAGGGACAAGUUUAUGUUGGACACUUUCAACCAGUAUGUCAAGAAGGUUCCUAUACGCUACAAGCUAUUGUUUGGAAGAAACCCUUAUAGACAUGUAUCCUUCCAUGAAGGCUUGGACUACAAGAAGGUUUCCUUACCAGAAUUACCAAGGUUACGCAACCGAGAAUUAUUAGUAAAGGCGUUAAUGCACAAGGAAUUCUAUCGAAUACUUUUAGACCCAAGACACGAGUUUGCCCAGACCAUGGUUGCCGCAGGAUACGAUUUAAACCACAAGGAGUACCUGAUAGUGAGAAAGCAGGUGUCGUUCUUGGACGGAUUGGGAGACUUGUUUUUGGCCCACGAGACAUCCAAGGUAAUUUAUGAAUUGUAUCUGGAUGGGUUGCCUUUGAACAAUGGGUCUUAUCGCUUAUUACGGACCAUGCUUGCUACCAACACUUUUAUGACCAAAUUAGCAAUUGCAUAUAACUUACAUGUUGGUCUCGAUGAUCCAAUAAUCAACGAGCGAGUUGCCAACGAAUGGAUUCCAUGCAUUAUGUUUGGUAAGGAGAUGGAGAAGUCGAACCGUGUAUAUGAGGAGGAAUUUCUCGGUGAUUUCUUUGAGGCAUAUGUUGCGGCUUUGCUCAUUGAACAGCCAGACGUGGCAAAGAGUUUCAUCAAGGAUAUUUACAGUAGAUUGUUAGAGGUGAUUACCGAGACGUUACCACCAGAGUUGAGUUAUCAUAAUUGGUCAACCAAUGUUUUAGGCAGAAGUAUCUAUCCUAAGUCAGAACGGGUUCUUAUUUGA